AGAUCCCGGCAUGUGGGUGCGGGAACCCGGCGGGCGCGGCGGCGGUGGAAGCUAGCUGCAAACUGCACGGCAGAAUCGGGAGCCGGUGGCCGUGCGCCGGGCAGACUGUUGCUAACCAUGGCAUCUGGAGAUGACAGUCCUAUCUUUGAAGACGAUGAAAGCCCUCUUUAUAGCCUGGAAAAAAUGACAGAUCUUGUAGCUGUUUGGGAUGUUGCAUUAAGUGAUGGAAUCCACAAGAUUGAAUUUGAGCAUGGGACCACAUCAGGAAAACGAGUUGUAUACGUGGAUGGGAAGGAAGAGAUAAGAAAAGAGUGGAUGUUCAAAUUGGUGGGGAAAGAAACCUUCUAUGUUGGAGCUGCAAAGACCAAAGCCACCAUAAACAUAGAUGCUGUCAGUGGCUUUGCGUAUGAGUACACUCUGGAAAUCGAUGGGAAAAGCCUCAAGAAGUAUCUGGAGAACAGAUCAAAGACCACCAACACCUGGGUACUGAAGCUGGAUGGCGAGGACUUGAGAGUUGUUUUGGAAAAAGAUACUAUGGAUGUGUGGUGCAAUGGGCAAAAACUGGAGACAGCAGGCGAGUUUGUAGAUGAUGGGACUGAAACACACUUCAGUGUUGGGAGCCAUGACUGUUACAUAAAGGCCGUCAGCAGCGGGAAGAGGAGAGAAGGGAUCAUCCACACCCUCAUUGUGGAUAACAGGGAGAUCCCAGAGAGCCUUCAGUGACUGCUCGUUAAUGAGUUCUGAGCUGAAGAGGAGACAUCAGGACUUGCUAAUGGCUUCGGUAAUUAAAUGUGUUCACUCUGUACAUACUGGUA